CCACUUUGGUUGUGAUGUGAUUAUAGGCUUUUAGCAUUUUGGCUGAUAACACUAUGUACAACCAAGAUGGAGUUACAAGAAUGAUGACACAAGAAAUCCCAACUCAUUUCACUGUUAAAAUUGAAGAGUUUUCACUGCUCUCCAAGGCUUCAAUAGAGAGAUAUGAAACCAGUGAAUUUGAAGCCGGAGGCUACAAAUGGAAAUUGUCACUGUAUCCAAAUGGAAAUAGGAACAAGAAUGAAAAAGAUAAUCUCUCUCUCUACUUGUCAAUGGCGGAAACAAAGACACUCCCUCGUGGUUGGGAAGUCAGUGUAAAUUUCCGGUUGUUUUUGCUUGAUCAGAUCCGAGACAACUAUUUGAUGGUUCAAGAUUCCAAGGUAACUGGGAGGCGUUUUCAUGCAAUGAAAAUCGAAUGGGGUUUUGAACAAUUUAUCAGUCUCAAGUCUUUCAUGGAUGCUUCUAACGGAUAUCUUAUCGGAGAUACCUGUGUGUUCGGAGCUGAAGUCUUUGUUUGUAAAGAAAGAAGUAUCGGCAAAGGCGAAUGCUUGACAAUGAUAAAAGACUCCAUUGCUACUAAGACUAAUUGGAGAAUUGAGAACUUCUCAAAGUUAGACAAUGAAUAUUAUGAAUCCAAAACAUUCAAUGCAGGAGAUCAGAAAUGGAAGGUACAAUUGUAUCCAAAGGGGAAAGGUAGUGGGAUGGGCAACAGUGUUUCUCUAUAUUUGGCUUUGGCUAAUCCUACAACACUUCCUCCUGGUCAGAAAUUUCAUAUUGAAUUUGUCUUGCGCUUGGUAGACCAGAUGUAUGGCAAACACAUUUCAGGCAAAGGAUUUUUGGGAGUAACACAAGGAGCAUUUAAAGAGUAUCAAGUUCUAAAUACAACUAUAGGGAUGUCGUCCAAAAACAAGAAAAGAAUCUUGUCCAUCAUGCGUGUUCUCCACACCCAAACAAAGCUGUGUGAAAAGACCCAGCUGCCCUUGCAUGCUCUGGGUAUUUUCACAUCUGCGCCAACGUCCUGACCAAUGAGAGUGCAUCUUCGAACAUCGAUCAAGAGAGGUGCAUUGGUCAUUUUGCACCCCUGUGUCUGGGCAUAAGAGUGUGCUCCUAGACAAAUCACUUGUCUCAUAUAUAUAUACAAGAUUGUAUGUAGAAGAUUUCCUGAUUUUUACUUAUUGAAGACUAGCUUCGAAGUCCUAAUUCCCUCCCCCCCCUAUUUGGAGCUAAUCCGUGGUUCAGUGCCUCAAGUCAAGAUCAUGGUUGGUCAAGGUUUGUUUCACAUAGUUAUCUCUAUC